AUGUCUGAAAAAGUAUGUAAAUUCAAUCAAAAUUGAUAAAUAAUUACUAACAAGAGAAGAAACAAGUAGAUCCAUUUAAAUCUUUUAUUGCUGGUGGUACUGCUGGUGCAAUUGAAGGUGUAAUUACAUAUCCUUUUGAAUUUGCCAAAACUAGAUUACAAUUAAUUGAUAAAUCACUGAAAAUAUCAAAAAAUCCAUUGGUACUUAUAUAUACGAUUGGUAAAACACAAGGGAUAUCAAGUUUAUAUGUUGGUUGUCCUGCAUUUGUAAUUGGAAAUACGGUUAAAGCCAGUGUACGAUUUCUUGGAUUUGAUUCAAUCAAAAAUUUUUUAAGUGAUUCACAAGGUAAAUUAUCUGGUCCAAGAGGUGUUAUUGCUGGAUUAGGAGCUGGUUUAUUAGAAAGUGUGAUUGCAGUAACACCAUUCGAAGCUAUUAAAACUGCAUUAAUAGAUGAUAAACAAAGUUUAAAACCUAAAUAUCAAAAUGGUUUAAUUCAAGGUAGUUUAAAAUUAAUUAAAGAUAUGGGUUUUAAAGGUAUUUAUGCGGGUGUUGUACCUGUUUCUUUGAGACAAGCAGCUAAUCAAGCAGUUAGAUUGGGUAGUUAUAAUCUGAUCAAAACAAUGAUUCAACAAUUUCAAGGUAUAAAAGCAAAUCAAUCAUUAAAUUCCGUGACUAUAUUUUUAAUUGGUUCUUUAUCUGGUAUAAUAACUGUAUAUACAACAAUGCCAAUAGAUACAGUUAAAACAAGAAUGCAAGCAUUGGGUGCAAAUAAAUUAUAUUCAUCUACAUUAAAUUGUUUUAUUACCAUUUUUAAAAAUGAAGGUUUAUUGACAUUUUGGAAAGGUGCUACACCAAGAUUAGGUAGAUUAGUAUUAAGUGGUGGUAUUGUAUUUACCAUUUAUGAAAAAAUGUUGGUAUUAUUAAAUUAA